GGUGAGCCCAGCCGGUCGCGGUGGAGUCCCGAGCCGGUUGCGCGUUCUGGACUCUCGGGCGUUACGGGCAGAGCCGGGGCCAGAGGGACCUUGUCCUGCCAGGGCAGGGAGGGGGCCGCGCGCAACGUCGCCUCUCGGCUCCGGGUCCCCGCUCUGUCCCGGGAGACUGGUGUCUAACCCGGCCGUCUUUGAUGGAAGAACAAAGGAGUGUGACACACUGUGAUGAUAGGGUUUGUCAGAGCCAAGAAACAACUUUUCCUGAUUAUUCAGCAUGCUAAAAAAUAAGGGUCCUUCAUCUAAAAAAGACAACUUAGCAGUCACUGCAGUUGCUUUACAAGAUCACAUUUUACAUGAUCUUCAACUUCGAAAUCUUUCAGUCGCAGAUCAUUCUAAGACAAAAGUACAAAAGAAAGAGAACAGAUCCAAAGCUCUAAAAAGAGACACAAAAGCAAUAAUAGACACAGGACUUAAGAAAACUACGCAGGGUCCCAGAGUAGAAGAUCCAGAAAAAGAAUAUGUUCUUGAUCCAAAACCACCACCAUUAACUUUAGCACAGAAGUUGGGCCUCUUCGAGCCUCCCCCAUUGCCACUGUCCCCAGAAGAGUGGGAGAAAGUGAAGCAGAGGUCCGUCCUGCAGGGAGAUUCCAUGCAGCCAUGCCCGAUAUGUAAAGAAGAGUUUCGCCUCCAUCCCCAGGUGCUGCUUUCAUGUUCCCAUGUGUUCCACAGAGCAUGCCUUCAGGCUUUUGAAAAGUUCACAAAUAAGAAAACCUGUCCUCUCUGCAGAAAGAACCAGUAUCAGACCCGGGUGAUACACGACGGGGCCCGCCUAUUCAGAGUAAAGUGCGCAACGAGAAUCCAAGCCCACUGGAGAGGACACAUUGUUCGAAAGUGGUACAGAAACCUGAGGAAAACAGUACCUCCCAGAGAUGCCAAAUUAAGGAAAAAAUUCUAUGAACAAAAGGACCCAUUCCUCUUUUGCCGUUUAGAGAGCAGUGUGCUGCCUUCCUUUCCAGCUCUCAGCUCCCCACGCUUCUUAUCUAGUCCUCACUCCUGGCCAAGAUAACAGCUUCAGCCUAACUGGUCUCCACGCUCACUCAGUAAACAUGCAUGCUCAGCCAAGUUAUCAUUUUCUAACAAAGUCAGAGAUCGGUAAUCUCUAGUGCUGUAGUUUCUUCUCAUUUCCGUAAAUGACUGUUGUCCACAAUUGUUUUCAUCCUUCUUUAUAUUCUUUCCAUGCUUUCUAUGUUCAGUAGUGUGACAUCAGUCUUUUUCUCUGAGCUACUCUUAGUAAUUUCUAAUAUGUAAUAGUGUAUUGGCUCUCAAAUCAGAAAUCAUUCAUUGUUUUCUCUUAAAAACUUUUAAUUACAGAUUUAAUAGUCAUUUCACCUCAUGUGUAUAAAUAUUUUUUCAUGUGCACACAUCAUCUUAUAAUAACUUUUGAAAAUAUAAGCUAUGCUUUGCUUUCACAUAAAGCAGUCAGGAGACUCAUUCAACUGCAUGGCUGCACUAUCAUCUGUGAUUCUGUGACACAUGAGAGGUUCACUCACAUACUGGUUUUCUACUCUGUAAAAGGUCCAAUAUUGACAGGAUUAUUUUGAGAACCAAAAGUAAGGAGAUUUUGAGUCUGGAGCCAGAAGCUGAGAGCACUGUGGUGUCUCAGGCCGUCGUGUGCUGGGAGGUGCCAUUAAUGGGGCUGCUCCAAGUCUCAGAAUGUUUGUCGGUGAAAAAACAGGGGCUGUAGCUUUACCUGCCAAGAUUUAACCAUGUAGCAAUUCUCCCUAGAGCUUUAUAACCUCUGCAAAUAAAUCCUCCCAACUAAGAAUAUAUUUUCAGUUUCUUUUAAAAAGAUAAGGAAAACCACGUCCAGCUGGCAGGUGAGCAGGGGGGGCUCUCUUCCUCCCCAUCCACCUCACCCCUGCCUCCGGGAAUGGCCUCAUUACUUCAUUACUGCACUUGCAUGGAGGGCUGGGGCCCCUGGGGAGUCCUCAUCACCCCUAGUGCUCCUGGUACUUGUUUUGAAUCUCUCCCACAACUUCACUUACCACUUCUGUGAGGAGGAUUAUCACAUCGAUAGCUCUGUUCCCAUCCCACAUCCAGAUCUGUAGCUCUGUUCCCACCCUAGAUCAGUUCUGUAGGUCUGUUCCCACCCUGGAUCAACUCUGUAGGUCUGUUCCCAUCCCACAUCCAGAUCUGUAGCUCUGUUCCCGCCCUAGAUCAGCUCUGUAGGUCUGUUCCCACCCUGGAUCAGCUCUGUAGGUCUGUUCCCAUCCCACAUCCAGAUCUGUAGCUCUGUUCCCGC